AUGCUUCUUGAUGUUGGAAUUGAAAAUGAACGUUUGGACCAAAUGGACAGUAACGGUUGUCUGGCACCUCUGUUUCGGUGGCUUAAAGUGAACUUUGGUGAGGCUUUUUCGGCCAUGAUACACACAAAAGCAUUGCGAGUAUUCGUUGAAUCUGUCCUUCGGUAUGGCCUUCCAGUAGACUUCCAAGCUGUCCUGAUUCAACCGAACAGAAAAGCUCACAAACGCCUGCGCGAGGUACUCAAGCAGCUGUAUAGUCACUUGGAUAGCGCGUCAGCGAGUUCAAUUGUCGAUGACGACGUCGCCCUCGUCGGUAUGAUUUCCGGAGCCGAAUACUACCCUUAUGUGUCAUUCAAGGUGGAAUUGAACAUAAUCGAGACUCGCUAA